AUUUCGUGGAAAUGGAGACGGCGUCAUAAAUCAAGAAACAGUUGCUACUUGUUGGAGUAAUCAUAAAUUUUACACAGACAGGGAGACGGAGAUCGCGAGCCAAGCAAUCGCUUAAAAAGGAACUUCCCUCACUUCCCCACUCUCUCUUUCUCAUUUUCUCUUUCCCUGCCGCCUCAGUUCUUCCGCCACCAUGUUUUCCUUGAAUGGCAGCACUUUUCUGAAUAAUACUCUGACAGGGGUGUCGAAGAGCUUGGCGCAGAGGAAGGUAUCAGCUCCAAGUGUGGUGGUAGCUUCUGUGAGCUCAAAUGGCAACGCUGCGGACCGAAACGUCAGCGUUUUGAUGGAGAAUACACUCAAGGAGAUGAGAGAGAACGCUCCAUCCCCUUCGCAGUCGCAGGUGACGGAGAUUCAACCAGCAUCUACUGUCGGCGGCGGCGUGGAAGACGUGUACGGAGAGGAUACCGCCACCGAGGAUCAGUACAUCACCCCUUGGACUGUCACUGUAGCUAGUGGAUAUCCAUUGCUGCGUGAUCCACACUACAACAAAGGCCUCGCCUUUACUCUAAAAGAAAGGGAUGCCCACUUUUUACGUGGCCUUCUCCCGCCAGUGGUUGUAAGCCAAGAGCUCCAGGUUAAGAAAAUGAUGGCCAGCAUGCGUCAAUACCAAGUGCCUUUGCAGAGAUACAUGGCUAUGAUGGAUCUUCAGGAGAGAAAUGAGAGACUGUUUUACAAGCUUCUCAUUGAAAACGUUGAGGAGCUGCUUCCCGUAGUCUACACUCCGACUGUUGGCGAAGCGUGUCAAAAGUAUGGGAGCAUUUUCAGGCAGCCCCAGGGCCUCUUCAUCAGUCUGAAAGAAAAGGGAAGAAUUCUGGAGGUAUUGAGAAACUGGCCUGAGAAGAAGAUCCAAGUUAUUGUGGUGACAGAUGGUGAGCGGAUUUUGGGUCUUGGAGAUCUUGGCUGCCAGGGAAUGGGGAUACCAGUUGGGAAGCUUUCAUUGUAUUCAGCUCUUGGUGGCAUUCGUCCUUCUGCUUGCUUGCCUGUCACCAUUGAUGUGGGAACGAACAAUGAGCAGUUGUUGAAUGAUGAAUUUUAUAUCGGACUCAGGAGAAGGCGGGCAACUGGACAGGAGUAUGCUGAGCUCUUAGAUGAGUUUAUGAAUGCAGUGAAGCAGAAUUACGGAGAAAAAGUUCUAAUCCAGUUUGAAGAUUUUGCAAACCACAAUGCUUUUGAUCUCCUUGCCAAAUAUGGAACUACCCAUCUCGUGUUCAAUGAUGAUAUUCAGGGUACAGCAUCUGUAGUCCUUGCUGGUUUGAUAACAGCACUCAAUUUAGUCGGGGGUACCUUGUCUGAUCAUAGAUUCUUGUUCCUUGGAGCUGGAGAGGCUGGCACUGGUAUUGCAGAGCUCAUAGCGCUUGAAAUAUCAAAGCAGACGAAUGUCCCUGUGGAAGAGGCUCGUGAGAAGAUCUUUCUCGUCGACUCAAAGGGUUUGAUUGUUAAAUCCCGUGUUGAGUUGCUUCAACAUUUUAAGAGGCCAUGGGCGCAUGAACACGAACCUGUCAGAACUUUGUUAGAUGCUGUGAAGGCCAUCAAGCCGACAAUAUUGAUAGGAUCGUCAGGAGCAGGGAGAACCUUCACAAAAGAAGUGGUCGAAGCAAUGUCCGCUUUGAACGAGAAACCCGUCAUUCUCUCUUUGUCAAACCCAACCUCACAGUCUGAGUGUACGGCUGAGGAAGCAUAUACGUGGAGCGAGGGUCGAGCUGUUUUCGCAAGUGGGAGCCCGUUUAGCCCAGUCGAAUAUAAUGGAAAAUUCUAUGCAUCUGGCCAGGCAAAUAAUGCGUACAUCUUUCCCGGAUUUGGUCUCGGUUUGAUAAUCUCUGGUGCCAUCCGUGUUCACGACGAUAUGCUUCUCGCAGCUUCGGAAGCAUUAGCAGAACAGGUUAGCCAAGAGAACUUAGAUAAAGGGCUCAUAUAUCCACCAUUUUCCAACAUCAGGAAGAUUUCAGCCCAGAUCGCAGUUAGAGUAGCAGCGAAAGCCUACGAACUCGGUUUGGCGACUCGUCUGCCACAGCCAGAGCCGGAGAACCUCGAAAAAUAUGCAGAAAGCUGUAUGUACAGCCCCAACUACCACAACUACCGUUAAGCCAGCGGCAAGAUAUGCUAAGCCAUUGCCAUUUUAAAUCUUUUUUAUCUUGCAUUUUGUGCUCCGUUUCUUAUGAUGAAUUAUGUGUGUGACAUAGUAGGAUUUUAGGUGUAGUUUGCUGAAAUUUAUGUUAGUCAAAAAACAUGAAAUGGGUGAAACUGUGGUUUCUUUUGGAUGCAUUGUAUUAAUGAAUAUAUUCAGAGAAUAUAACUAGUAUUUUAUGCCCACAUAAUUACACAAAUGUAUUGUAUAAUACGAUUCUAUAUUGAUCCUGGAAUAUAUUAUUCAUGUAAAUA